AUGAAACAAUUUGCUCCUCCCUAUUCACUGUGGACUCCCCCUCCCUCUCUCAGUAGGGCAGCUUAUCAAGAUUUUGGUGAUGUGGUAACGUUUGACACCACGUACUUGACAAACAGAUACGGGAUGCCCUUUGCUCCAUUUAUGGGUGUAAACCAUCAUGGGCAGUCCAUUCUCUUGGGAGCAGGGUUAAUUUCCAGUGAGGACACAGAGACUUUUACAUGGUUAUUUCAGACUUGGCUGCAGUGUAUGGAUGGUAUAGCCCCGCCAGCUAUUAUUACUGACCAAGACAGAGCAAUGAAAAAUGCAAUUACCAUUGUAUUUCCAAAAACUAGACAUAGAUUUUGCCUCUGGCAUAUAUUGAAAAAAGUCCCCGAGAAGCUUGGCUCGCAUCGUGCCUACAAAAGUGGCCUAAAAACUCAACUGAUGAAAUGUGUGUAUGACACUCAAACUAUUGAAGAGUUUGAGAAAUCGUGGGAAGAGGUAAUUAGUACGUACAACUUGCAAGAGAAUGUUUGGUUGCAAAGUUUGUACACUGAGCGCACACAUUGGGUACCGGUGUUUCUAAAGGAGUAUUUUUGGGUUGGCAUGAGUACAACACAACGGAGCGAAAGCAUGAAUGCAUUCUUCGACGGAUAUGUUCAUGCGAAGACAAACUUGAAGAAGUUUGUCGACCAGUUUGACAAUGCCUUGAGAAAGAAAAUCGAGAAUGAAAUCAGUUCGGACUUCCACUCAUUUAGUGUUACAAUACCAUGCAUAUCUAGAUCUCCAAUCGAGAAGAGAUUCCAAGAGUUGUACACGAAUGCAAAAUUUAGGGAAGUUCAACAGCAAGUUAUGGGUGUGCUCGAUAUGGAUCCAUCUCUACUUAGACGGGAUGGUGUGAAGAAGACCUACUUGGUUGAAGAUGAAAUUUGUGUUGAGGAGUUCAUGAAACAUGUUACAUAUUAG